AUGGCAACAUCGGUCCCACCCAACCCUCUUGACGAUCUCUCCAUCAAGGAUCCUUUGGAAUGUCCUCCUUUGAAAUGGGGUUUGAUUGGAUGUGGGCGUGUCUCUCAUGACUUUACUCAAGCCUUGAAGCAUUUGCCAUCUCAAUCGGUUGUUGCUUGUUCAGCGCGAAGUGAAGGCGGUGCCAAGGCAUUUGCUGAGAAGCACAGUAUUCCAAGUUUUUAUGGAGGAUACGAUGGAAUGGUCAAGGACGCUAAUGUUGAGAUUGUCUACAUUGGAAACGUCCAUGCCUUUCGUCGCUCAACAGUGGAAAUGUGUCUUUUGGCAGACAAACAUGUUCUUGUGGAAAAGCCUUUCGCCUGCUCCGUUGCUGAUGGAGAGUACUUGAUUGGAUUGGCAAAAGAACGAAACUUGUUCAUUAUGGAGGGCAUGUGGACACGAUUCUUCCCAGCCGUUCAAAAGGCCCGAAAUAUUGCUCUCGGUGCUGAGGGAGAAGAUGCCAGCUUGGGAGAUAUUGCCAAGGUUUUCUCUGAUUUCAACUUUUAUGCUCCUGACCACGAGGAAUAUCCUACUUCCUUCGUUUACAACCGCAAGCUUGGAGGUGGAGCUGGCUUGUUGGUAGCCCCCUACCCACUGGCAGCCGCAACCAUGUUUUUCAAGAGUGAACCAGAUAGCGCCAAAGUUGUUGGUCAAGUAGAUGAAGACACUGGUGUAGACCUUCAAGGUGCAAUGGUCUUGAACUUUCCUCCCACCGGUGGAGAGAAGCCAGCCAAUGCUCCAAAACUACCAGGUGCUGGUGUGGCCGUAUUGAGUUGGGGAAUGGCUUGUGAAUCUGCAGAAUCUACCACCAUUGUCGGUGCCAAAGGUCGCAUGACAAUUGAAAGUCCCGGACAUUGUCCCACCAAAUUGACAGUCAAUCUCAAGGCCCACGGACGUGGUGAGGUCGGAAAGACGUUGGAAUACGAAUAUCCCAUGCCUGUAGAUACAGAAGCAAUUACCAAAGCAGGUGGUUUUAACUAUCCAAACUCUGAGGGAUUCUGUUACGAAGCUGCUGCCGUUGCUCGAUGCAUUGGUGCCGGCAAGAAGGAGGCUCCUCAAUACACACAUGCGGAAACCCUCGUCAAUCUCAAGCUCAUUGAAGAAAUCCAACAACAGCUUGGCGUCAAGCCCGUCGGAACCGACUAA